UGUCCUGCUUGCGUACGAAGGCGUCGCACCCAGCGUCGCUCUGGCUGGCUGACGCUGCGAGAGACGACAAACGCGGCUUUACAAUUCCUUCUCGCGUCCUUCUCGUGAGAACGCGACGGCGACGUCCAAUUUUAUCGUGCAAAUUUGCGUUUGACUCGAGCGCGAAACCGAGCGAGUGUUUCGGGUCGCUUCGGGAAGGUUCGGGUUAAUUCGUUAUUUUAUUUUUUAUUUUUUUUUUUAAAAACGUGUAAAUCAUUAUUCAUUCGACUGUAAAGGAUACUUGGGAUAUUAUUGGAGAAUAAUUUUGUUACUUUCUUCAUUAUCCGUUUCAUUGAUUCUCUUUCUUGGCUUUUAUUUAUUUUUGCGGAAACUUUCGGCUCUUAUUUUUUCACUUAAUAUUGUGGUAACAGUGCUUUAUCUUUAAUUGAAAAUGACUUUUAUUGCUUCUGUUUCUUAAUCAUUAAUUUUCAACGUAUCCGAACAAUGUAAGGAUUAAUACAAAUUUUUAAGAAGAUCGAUACUAAAUACUGAAUACUCAAGGCUCAUCCUCAUACAAGCGACACGUGUUCUGCAAGUCAAUUGAUUUUUUCGCAUCGAUCGAACUAUCGACUCCAUCGGGAACGAAUUAAUCGCCUCGGGAUACUGCUCGUCCUUUAUAAAGGAUUUUUAGAAUUUUAUUUUAAAUAAAUUUUGAUUUCAUUUAUUUAAUUAAUUCAUGGUGCUGAUAAGGGACUACUGGUUUUUGUUCUGUGAUUUGUUGUUACACGUAAUACGACAAGAGUGUUUAAGGAUACUCCUUUAAAAAAAAGGACUACUUUUUCUACGAAAGGUGCUCAGCAAGGUAAUCUUGCAUUUCUUUUUCCAUAAAGAUUUUAUAUACCUAGUCAGCGAUAUCCGUCGCUCGGAUGAAAAUUCAGUCAUGGAAGAUACUUCUUCAUACUUGGAAGAUUCCCGAGCGUGAUGACUCCAAAAAUAGUUUGACAGUUCACAAACAAGUUUUUUUUUUUGACAAUUCCCUUACUAACGAUCGCUUGAAAAAUCAUUGACAGACCUCGGCGGCGGCGACGCGCAAAGUGUGACAAUUAAUCAUUAAACUAAUUACAAGUGGAGUUGCGUGGAAGGCGCGACGUCUAAAAUAACAAAGUGAAUUGCAAAGCUCAAGUCCGUCUGAGCAUCCGUCAUGAAAAUUCUUAAGGAACGUAAGAAAAAUAAUUGAGAUUAAAAGAAUAAAUUGCCGACAAAACAAUUGAAAUUCCUAAUUAUUCAAUAACAGUCGCAAGUUUAUCUAACGUUAAAUGUUUUUGUUCUUAUAAAAAAAAAAAGUCGGUCGGUUGAUACAAUAAAUAAUUAACUUGCCAAGUGACAGUGGCAGUUGUUCGUUCACAAAGGUACAUUGAAAGUCCCUCCUAAAUAUCAACGAGAAUCCCGCAAGCGACGCGAUCAAGAAGGGAAGCGACGGCCGUCGGGAUUCGCCAACAGCAUUUCUUCCAUUAAUCGUCGAAGGUCACGUUGAAACGCUUCCCUUCCGCCAUACGUGGAGCAGCGCAUAUUCAGUCGCACCAACGCGGUAGGAAGUUCGUUAAGAAGCGCCGAGUGAUUAAGACAACGUGUCGCCGUAGUUCCCGGGGUGGCGAGUAUAUAAAGCCGCGUGCACAACGCAACACUUGCUGAAACCCACGUGGCAUCGCACAUAACGGACAUUGAUUUAUCGUCGUAUCCGCGAGCCUCUACUAAUUAGCUCGUGGCUACGUUCGAAACUGACUUUAUACUACGUUGGGAAUUCAUUCAUUAACGGGACAGAACGGCAGUCACGAAUUGUUUUCAUUGAGAAGGUUUCUUGCUUGCGUGCGCCGUAGCUUCGCGGCUUCUUAAUGCCUGAGGAGCUCAAUGAGAAUCGGACGUCGCCCGGAAGUCUUCACCUCGGAUAUUUUUCACUUCCGGUUGUCUUUGUUCAGCUAGACGUAAAACAUAACGGGGCACGUCGAGCGCCCCGGCGUCUUACAUAUUUGAUACUCAGAACGUCAGUGUUUUCUGCCAACAUAAUUGACGAUAUAUCGGGCGUGUUUAGUGGCGAAAGAAAAAAACAAAGAGAAUCGACGUGCGGUGUCAGAAUGACAGAAUGACAGAAUGACAGAAUGACAGAAUGACAGAGUUGAGGGAAUUGACAGUGUACACAGAGAGCCGUGGCGAACGUGGCGGGUCAGGAUGCUGAAGGAAGUUGGUUGCGGCGGUGGGACACCGUUGCCAGGUGAUGGCGCAGUGAAUGGUCGUCAGGUUGGCAGCGCUGAGAAUAACCACCCCGAAGGAGCCCUUGGCUGCGGUGCUUGUGGACGUGAGAUAACGGAACGCUGGUAUUUGAGGGCUGCCGAUCGCGCUUGGCACUGCGGCUGUCUUCGUUGUUGUCAUUGUCGUCUCCCGUUGGCAGCGGAGCUCACGUGCUAUUUGCGUGACGGCAACAUAUACUGCAAGGAAGAUUAUUACAGGCUGUUUGCGGUAUCGAGAUGCGCGAGAUGCAGGGAAGGAAUUUCAGCAUCCGAAUUGGUCAUGAGGGCGCGAGACUUGGUCUAUCACGUGCCGUGCUUCACGUGCGCCUCUUGCGGCACAAGAUUGAACAAGGGCGAUCAUUUUGGGCAGCGGGAGGGUCUAGUGUAUUGCAGGCCGCAUUACGAGUUGAUCUGCUGCGCGGCUGAUUACGGAAGUACUUCCGGAAGCGUCGAGGGUAUCGGGUCGCCUGGUGUCUCCCCAGGACCCGGUUAUUACAGUGCGGCAGAACAGAGUCCUUUGGCUUCCGGUGGUUCGAUGCAGAAAGGACGACCCAGGAAGCGGAAGCUCUCGGAAGUGACAAGCUCCGAGUUACCGGUAACCAUGAGACUUGCUCCCGGAGCACUAGAAUUACUUCAUCCCACGGAAUUGUCCUCGUCCAUGGAAUCCUUAAGCGCCUACGACGCGUCCGUCGGUUCUCCAGGCUCCGUUCACCAGAGUCAAAGGACCAAGAGGAUGAGGACGAGCUUCAAGCAUCAUCAGCUGAGAACGAUGAAGAGUUACUUCGCGAUCAAUCAGAAUCCAGAUGCAAAGGACCUCAAGCAACUGGCCCAGAAAACGGGCCUGUCGAAAAGAGUACUGCAGGUCUGGUUCCAAAACGCACGGGCGAAAUGGCGACGAAAUCUGAUGCGACAGGAAGGCAACAAUUCGGGCGGCAACGUUGGCUGCCCUGGUACCCCUGCGUCGUCCAGCGCCGGCGGUUCGCCAAGCGUUGCUCCGAGCUCCAGUCUCCUGGGCGACAGCAACAGCCUCCCUGCAACUUCGAUGGAGGAAUUGCACGCGCUGCAUCAUCUUCACUCGGGCGUCUCCUCGCAGGUCUCCUUCUCGGAUCUUUACUGACGUCGGCUUCAGGUCGAUGACGACAACGACGGCAGUUACGUUCUCGCUCGUGACUCACGCUUCAUGGGAACGAUCAAGUGAGGCGAGGAGGAACGAAGAAAAUUGUUCAAUUUCAAAAUCGCCUAACAACGAGAUCCGGUGGGGAAUUUUAUUUGGGGAAAAGAGGAAACUAGUCAUUAGAAAUUUUAAUUUCCUUCAUCCAUACCACCCCCUUUCCACCCGAUCCUUCGUAAUCCCUCGACUCCAAUAUGUCCAAUAUGUUUAUACAUCAUUCAUACGUCUUAUUGUCAUCGUCGAUUGAACUCGUAAUUUUGAGUGCGAAUCAGUGAUAAUACACAUAGUUCCAUGCACUUCCGAAUUACCAAAGUAUUAGACAAUAUAGAGAAACAGUUUUGUGAAAGGCGUAUUCCAUACGUGCGAAUAGACGUGUGCACGAUUGUGGGAUUGCCCGUGGUGAAUGGUGGGAGCGUAAGUGCGAUCGACGUGAAUGUAGGUGCGUGAUAUUCGUUGCUAAUUUUUUGUUCUGUAAAUUUGUCAAAUUUGGCACAACAAAUUUUUGCACAUUUUUUAAGUAAUUCAACUACCGACGGUCGUAAACGUGCCAAAGAUAUUGUUGCCUGUAAUUUUUAUUUUAUCGUAAUAGUCAAUUGUCUCGACGUUUAUUUAUUGAAGCGAUUGGUUUUCUGUAAGGAAUGUCAAAAAGAAGCGCGUAUUAUUCGUUCGUGUUAAAUGGUUUAGGAGUAGGGAAGAAAAAUUAUAUUUAUGGAAUAAAAGAGAAGAAAAUUGUAAGAUCCGCCCACGAAAGCAAAUAUAUCGUGAACGGAGCGUUUCCUCUAGUAGGUAAUACCAAGGGAUAGUCAGACGGAAGGGUGUCACGCAUGAAAGUGCGAAACUACUCGAUAAGAAAUAAACGUUAACGAUAACAUUACUAAUUAGUAGAGAUUAAAUAAUAUAUAGACAUAUUUGGUGUGCCAUAUUUGAAUGCAGCUAUAUUGCCGUGUAAUAAAUCAUUCUGCACGCAUCGGGACAAGUUGGAAGCUCGUUGAGACAUUUUUAAUCGAAACAUUUCUUUUUUUUCUAAUUCUCAUCGCAAUCUUCGAAAUUCAAAUGAAAAAUAAUUUUCUUUUUAAAUUUCCCACAAACUCUCCGAUACUUCCCGUUCGGUUCCCAAUCGGUCCCAUUCUUCGUCCUGGGCUAUUGGCACCGUCCAAAAAGAAAAGCUAUGAUAGUUUCAGUUGGCAAACAAAAUCCAAUAGUAAACUCCUGUCCAUCGAGAGGAACAUAUAUAUAUACAUAUAUGUUGAAUAAAUAAAUAAAUGUAAGAAAAAAAAAAAAAAAAAGAGAAGAAGAAGAAGAAGAUGCAAAAAGCAUCCUAUUUAGCUUAUACCAACAUAGAGGAGCCAGUGUUAAUUGUGCACCAUGAAUCCCAUAUAUGCAUGCGCGUCCACAUGUGCAUACGUCGGCCAGGGCCGUACGCCGUAUAUUUUGUCGGCGCUCAUAUAAGUUAAUUUUCAAUCUAUAUGCGGACUCGGAUGGCGCGCGGCGACUCACCGACGAAAUGAAGAAAUUGACUCUCUCGUUAAUAUUUAAUGAACCCACGAGACACCGCGGCCAUCCUCGACUCCUUUGCAUACGGAUAGUGCGAGCAAAGAGCAUGUGCAACGCGAAGCAAGUGCAUCACGGAUGCAUAGGCGCUUACAGAACCAAAAUAAAAGAUCGAAUAGCGCUUUGGAAAACUAUUAGUUAAAUUUCAAUAUUCAGCCGAUCGUUCUGCCUAUUUUUAUUAUUCCUCGUAAAAGCAACAGCAGGCAUUGCCGCCACUUCCUGAUUUCCCACUGUCCUCGGCUAUUUUCAGUUUGCAAUGCAUUUGCCUGAAUCUUGACCUCAUCUGCCUAUAAUGAUUCCGACCUGUAAUAGGUAGUAGCACGAACUUGGCACACGAAGGUUUUUCAGUAAAAGUGAGUCACGGGUCGGUUGGCAGCCUUGUCCUUGUCCCAUUCUUAUCUUGUUAGCGAAUAGAAAAAGAUGAAGAAAAGUGCAUCGGUGCAUCAAGAAAUGGUCUGUCGGACCAAGCUGGUCUGUCGUAGCGUUGAUAAAAUGCCCCGUACCGCACGUUAUAAAUUAUAACGGGUGAUAAAUAUCAAAAUAAAAAAAGUACUCUCAAUAUAGGUAAUACUGAAUCAGAGUGCAUAAGCGGAUUUGGUGCAGUCGUUGCAGUCAAGAUGCAACUGCAAAACAUUAUAGGAAAAUCUGGUUACACUGGCAGUCCAAAUUAAAGAGGCUCUAAGAGAUAUUAUUUGUUUUCACGGUGAAUAGUAAUUGGCUCCUCUCGUUGCUCAUGAUGAAUUUACCUGAAUUAUUGUAUUUAACGUAAAUUAGCCAAGCGUCGUUAAGUGGCACGCACACGCGUCGCCGAUUCGCGUGCGUGCGAUUCUUAACGAAGCCCGAGUGUGCGCAUGCGGAGGAUAAAAGACAGGACCGAGAAUAAAGACAAAAACGUAAAAUAAUCAAAGACACGGCAGUCCCGGUUAAAUAUUCCUGAUUUUCCUUAAGCUGAAGAAGUAAACCAUAUAAUUAACCUUAAGAACAGUUUAUACCUUUUUCAAGUUUCUCAGUGACCGCCGGUAGAAUUGACUUAUUUGGUAUUUGCGUUUCAAGGCAGCUAAGAUGUCAAUGCGGCUGCCUUAAAGAUUACCCCACUCAUUUAACAGGAGGGAAAAUAAAUCUGA